AGGCAGCUGGGGUAAGGAGUUCAAGGCAGCGCCCACACCCGGGGGCUCUCCGCAACCCGACAGCCUGCCGGCUCCCCCCUUCCCUCCCUCCCUCCCACUCAUUCACCCUUCCACCCAGACCCGGGACAGCAGCCCAGGGGCCCCGCCGCCUCCUCGCCGCGAUCCUGGACUUCCUCCUGCCGCAGGAGCCGGCUUCCACGUGUGCCCCGGAGCCGGCAUCUCAGCACACGCUCCGCUUGGAGCCUGAGUGCCUUCAGCAGCCUGAGCAGCCGGGGGACCGAAGUCCUGGCGGCAUCUGGACCAAGUUAGUCGCUUCCGAGUCCAGCGUCGAGCGUCCGCAGGGCCGGAGGAGCCGCGGGGUGUCCGGAACUGAGCCGCAGCAAAUGGGCUCCGACGUGCGGGACUUGAACGCGCUGCUGCCGGCGGUACCCUCUUUGGGUGGCGGUGGCGGCUGCGCUUUGCCAGUGAGCGGCGCCGCGCAGUGGGCGCCAGUGCUGGACUUUGCGCCCCCGGGUGCUUCGGCUUACGGUUCGUUGGGCGGUCCUGCGCCACCGCCGGCUCCGCCGCCACCUCCGCCGCCGCCGCCGCCUCACUCCUUCAUCAAACAGGAGCCGAGCUGGGGGGGCGCGGAGCCGCAUGAGGAGCAGUGCCUGAGCGCCUUCACCGUCCACUUCUCCGGUCAGUUCACCGGUACAGCUGGAGCCUGUCGCUACGGACCCUUUGGUCCUCCCCCGCCGAGCCAGGCGUCCUCCGGCCAGGCCAGGAUGUUUCCCAAUGCGCCCUACCUGCCAAGCUGCCUCGAGAGCCAGCCUGCUAUUCGCAACCAGGGAUACAGCACAGUCACCUUCGACGGGACGCCCAGCUACGGUCACACGCCCUCGCACCAUGCCGCGCAGUUCCCCAAUCAUUCCUUCAAGCACGAGGACCCCAUGGGCCAGCAGGGAUCUCUGGGCGAGCAGCAGUACUCCGUGCCGCCCCCGGUUUACGGCUGCCAUACCCCCACCGACAGCUGCACGGGGAGCCAGGCCCUGCUGCUGAGGACGCCCUACAGCAGUGACAAUUUAUAUCAGAUGACCUCCCAGCUUGAAUGCAUGACCUGGAAUCAGAUGAACUUAGGAGCCACCUUAAAGGGAGUUGCUACUGGGAGCUCCAGCUCAGUGAAAUGGACAGAAGGGCAGAGCAACCAUGGCACAGGUUAUGAGAGUGAGAACCACACAACACCCAUCCUCUGUGGUGCCCAGUACAGAAUACACACCCAUGGUGUCUUCAGAGGCAUUCAGGAUGUGAGGCGUGUGCCUGGAGUAGCCCCGACUCUUGUCCGGUCAGCAUCUGAGACCAGUGAGAAACGUCCCUUCAUGUGUGCUUACCCGGGCUGCAAUAAGAGAUAUUUUAAGCUGUCCCAUUUACAGAUGCAUAGCCGGAAGCACACUGGUGAGAAACCAUACCAGUGUGACUUCAAGGACUGUGAGCGAAGGUUUUCUCGUUCAGAUCAACUCAAAAGGCACCAAAGGAGACACACAGGUGUGAAACCAUUCCAGUGUAAAACUUGUCAGCGAAAGUUCUCCCGAUCCGACCACCUGAAGACCCACACCAGGACUCAUACAGGUGAGAAGCCCUUCAGCUGUCGGUGGCCCAGUUGUCAGAAAAAGUUUGCCCGGUCUGAUGAAUUAGUCCGCCAUCACAACAUGCACCAGAGAAACAUGACCAAACUCCAGCUGGCGCUCUGAGGGGUCCAACACGGGCACAGUUCUGUGACCCAGGCAGGACAGUGUGUGAACUACUUUCAAAUCCAAUUUUGAAAUUCUUCACUCACCUAAGGAUAUGGCCGUUGAUCAUCUUCAUCCAACUUCCAAGACAAGAUACCUGUACCACUGGAUCCUACCAGGUUUGCGGGAGGAGUUGGACUCUCCUCUGCCUAACUCACAGGCCUGGAGAAGCAGCUAAUGAUGUCUGGUUAGUUAAAAGCCCAUCGCCAUUUGAUCUGGAUUUUCCAUUGUAAGAAGAGCCGUUGUUGAUCACGUCCCUCCAACCCUCCCCUUCUCCUUUACGCUCAUUUUCACUAGGAAGGGAGGGAUGGUACCAUUUCCCAUCAUGGAAUAUUUAUAGGCCAGGGCAUGCGUUUGUGUCUGCUAACGUAAACUUUGUCAUGGGUUCCAUUUACUAACAGCAGCAGCAAGAAAUAAAUCAGAGACAUUGGGGGUGAGGCUCAUCCAGCAUCCUGGAGGUCAGGCGGGCUGCUAACCUGGAAGACAGGAUGUAGUUCCACCAGGCGACUUUUAAAACAUACGUGUUUCAAGCAACUGAAAAAAAAAAAAAAAAGAAUCAGAACUAACCAGUACCUCUGUAUAGACAUCUAAAAGAAUCUAACUGCUCAAUUAAUCAGUGUUAAUGUUAGCACAAUGUUCUUAAGCAACCGUGUGUGAAGAUGGGAGGUUUUUGUGGUUUUGACUUUUUCUGAGUCACGUGCAUCAUCAGAGAUGUACCCAUGUCUUCACACAAAGAAAAUGGAAUUCAUGUUCAUCAUUGGGGUGUCCUUAGAGUGUACAGAUCACACUGGCCAUGUGGCUUCAAGUUGUAAAAAUUAAAAGUGAGUUUAAAAGAAAAUAGGGGGCUGGUCCAGGAUCUCCGGAUAAGUCUGUUCUUAAGUAACUUAAGUAACUUUGGGUCUACAAGUAUAUGUGAAAAAAAAAAAUGAGACUUGCUAGUGUGGAGGAAAUCCAUUGUUUAAAGGUUUUGGGGUAUGUGUGUGAGUGUGUAUGUGUAUUUUGUUUUUUAAGGGAGGGAGUUUAUUAUUUACUGUUGCUUGAAAUUAUUGUGUAAAUAUAUAUAUCUGGUAAUGAUCUGCUCUUUGACGACUAAAAUUAGGAAAUGUAUAAAUGUUAGGUGCAUCACUGGGUGUUGAUCUUGCAGCAUAUUGAUGAUAACACUAAAAAACUGUAACCUGCAUUUUUCACUUUGCUCUCAAUUAAAGUCUGUUCAAAAAGAA